AUGUCACAGAAACCCAUUUUCGUGGCUACCCAUCCCCGGGCAUGCUCCACAGCAUUUGAACGAGUCUUUAUGACUCGUCGAGAUACCAUCCAGUGUAUCCACGAGCCGUUUGGCGAUGCCUUCUACUACGGGCCCGAACGGCUUUCGGCCAGAUUCGCCGACGAUGAACAGGCGCGUCUGGACAGCGGCUUUAGCCAGUCGACGUUCAAAACCGUCCUGGAUCGAGUCGAGCGCGAAGCUUCUGAGGGCAAGCGCAUCUUCAUGAAGGACAUCAUGCACUAUCUUCUCCCUCCGGACGGCAAGCCGGCCAGCAUCGCGCCAUCACUGAGAAGGAUCAAGCGUGGCGUGGGGACCGAGUCGACUGGAGAGACGACUCCCCAACCGGUCGUUGGCGCCCAUCAUGCCAACGGCCACCAUCACCAGCAGCUGAACGGCGCGACCACAAAUGGGCUCAAUGGCCAUGCUGCGCUGGACAACCUCGCACAGGUGAAACCCUCCAAGCGGGAGCCAUACCCGUACGACACGGCGCCCGAGCCAGGCAAUCCCACCGUGAUGCCCACCGAAAUCCUCGCCCAGUUCCAUUUUGCCUUCCUCAUCCGUGAUCCGCAUCACAGUGUUCCCUCCUACUACCGCUGCACCAUCCCGCCCCUCAGCGAUGUGACUGGGUUCCACAACUAUGACCUUUCCGAGGCCGGGUAUGACGAGCUGCGCCGCACCUUCGAUUAUCUGCGUAGCGUGCGCCAGAUCGGUCCGCAUAUUGCGACACAGGAGCGAGACGCUGACGAUAUUGAUAACCGGCUUCGGCCGGUGACGAACGGGUUCGGACACGAAUCCGGGGCGGAGAUCUGUGUGGUCGAUGCCGACGAUAUGCUCCUGAAGCCGGCGCCUAUGAUCGAGGCGUUCUGCCGUAGCGUGGGACUCGAGUACACCCCGGACAUGUUGAACUGGGACACCGAGGAAGACCACCAGCACGCUCGGGAUGCGUUCGAGAAGUGGCGAGGCUUUCACAAUGAUGCGAUCGAAUCGAAGGGCCUGGUUGCUAGAAAGCGUCCGCAUGCCAUCAAAACCGAACAAGAAUGGGACGCCGAUUGGCUCAAGAAAUACGGACCCGAAGGUGCCGCUCUGAUCCGUAAAGCCGUCGACGCCAACAUGGCGGAUUACUUGUAUCUGAAGCAAUUCGCCAUGCGCGUGUAG